CGAAGCACCGUCGCGGCGCCCCCAGGCUCCCCAGCUUGCUUACAGCGAGCGUGCGAGCGUAAGCCCGCCGCAUUGCCUGUGGUGCGAGCGUCUGGGCAGAAAGCAGCCACUCCAGCAACCCAGCCCAACGGCCACGCUCUCGGAGGCCUUUGGUGGCAGCCCGGCCUCCCCACGCUAACUUGGGCGAGUUUGAAGAGGGACAAAAGUCUCAGUUCUCGCUCUCCUGCUCUCCCAGCGGGUGCCGCCGCAGUGUCCCCCGGUGCCCCGAGCAGUGGUCUGGGAGUCCCACUCUUCUGCGCGCCCCCCGGGUGGGAAGGGUUGAUCCCUAAACUCACUCGUCCAGCUCAACCGCCCCGGCGGCCUCUCCCAGCCCUUGGGGCCGCUCAGAGAGGCCUGGAGAGGCGUCGAGUACAGCCCCAGCUCCCGCCUUCUCGCCGGUCCGGGCCCUAAAAGGGAGCUUUAGGCCCAUGAGGGUCCGGUAAGCCUCCGCGGCCUAGAGCAGGCAGCCCCGGGGGCCUUGCCAGCCUGGUGGCCCCCGGGACAGUACAUAGCGCGCGCCUUUGGAUAAGGUCCCGCAGCGACGCCCCGACCCGCCUCGCUCCUCCUCCUGCCUGGCCAGGCUGCCUCCCAUUUGGAGAGUUUUGUGGAUUUUCUUUCUCCUCCUCCAACUUCGGCGGAGGCCACGGCUCAGGCGCCGCAGCCGGGGGGCGCCUCCUCGCCUGGAGGCAGUGGACCAUGGUGCGGGUCAACCGCUGCUGAAGUCAGCGAAACCGAGCCUGGCCUGGAGCAGGCCACGCCAGAGGCCGAGCCCAUGGCCAUAGCCACGUCGGCCCAGCUGGCCCGGGCACUCUACGACAACACUGCUGAGUCCCCCCAGGAGCUGUCCUUCCGCCGAGGGGAUGUUCUACGGGUCCUGCAGCAGGAGGGUGCAGGCGGGCUGGACGGCUGGUGCCUCUGCUCCCUACACGGUCAGCAGGGCAUCGUGCCUGCCAACAGAGUGAAGCUCCUUCCCACUGGCCCAGCACCCAAGCCCAGCAUCUUCCAGGUGCCCCCACCUCCGCCUGGCUCACCAUAUCCAGCCCCAGAGCAUGGCAAUAAGGACCAGGAGGUGUAUGUGGUACCACCCCCAGCUCGGCCCUGUCCCACCUCAGGAUCUCUGACUGGACCCUGUCCGCCCUCCCCUGACCCCAUCUACAAGAUCCCUAGAGGCAGGGGGACCCAGCUGGCUGCCCCUGGAAACACUUCAGAGGUCUAUGAUGUGCCCCCCACUGCCCUCCGGGUUCCAUCCAGUAGCCCCUACGACUCUCCAGCCUCCUUUUCCCGCCCUCUGGCCUGGGUGCCCCCACAGCCUCCUGGAGAGAAUGAAGCUCCCUAUGAUGUGCCUCUGACCCCAAAGCCACCGAAAGAGCUGGAGAUGGACCUGGAGUGGGAGGGGGGCCGGGAACCUGGGCCUCCCCUCUAUGCUGCCCCCUCCAACCUGAAACGGGCAUCGGCCCUGCUCAAUCUGUAUGAAGCCCCCGAGGAACUGCUGACAGAAGGGGAAGGUGGGGGCCCCGAUGAGGGCAUCUAUGACGUGCCCCUGCUGGGGCCAGAGGCACCUCCUUCCCCAGAGCCUCCAGGAGCCUCAGCCUCCAAUGACCUGGACACUCUGUCUCUGGUUUUGGCCAGGAGCCCCCCACCCCCACACAGGCCCCGGCUGCCCUCAGCUGAGAGCUUGUCCCGCCGCCCUCUGCCUGCCCUGCCUGUCCCCGAGACCCCCAGCCCUUCUCCGGCUCCCUCUCCUGCCCCAUGCCGAAAGGGCAGCAUCCAGGACCGGCCUCUCCCCCCGCCCCCACCCCACUUGCCUGGCUAUGGGGCCCCCAAGGCUGAAGGGGAUCCAGAGGGAGGACAGGUGGAGGAUGAUCCAGAGGGACACCACAAUGAGUAUGAGGGCAUCCCGAUGGCUGAAGAGUAUGACUACGUCCACCUGAAGGGCAUGGAUAAAGCUCAGGGAUCUAGGCCCCCGGAUAAGGCCUUCCCAGGGGACCCUGAACUGCUGGAGAGGGAGCUGCCAGAGCAGCAGGAUGCGCAGUCCCCACCAGGAGAGCCGCUGGUUCUGCCCGCCGGAGACCUACAGCUCCUGCACUUCUACGCAGGGCAGUGCCAGAGCCACUACUCAGCCCUGCAGGCGGCGGUGGCAGCCCUGAUGGCCAGCAGCCAGGCCAAUCAGCCCCCUCGCCUCUUCGUGCCCCACGGCAAGCGGGUGGUGGUGGCAGCUCACCGCCUGGUGUUUGUCGGGGAUACCCUAGACCGGCUGGCAGCCUCAGCCCCUCUUCGAGCACAGGUCGGGGCUGCAGGCGCUGCGCUGGGCCAGGCGUUGCGGUCCACGGUGCUGGCUGUCAAGGGGGCCGCGCUGAGCUACCCGUCCGGCCCUGCCGCCCAAGAGAUGGCACAAUGUGUGGCAGAGCUGGUGGGACGGGCCCUGCGAUUCACCACCCUGCUCACCAGCCUGGCCCCCUGAAGGUCCCUGGGUAUGUCUCUGCCCCUCUCCUGCCCGCCCUAGUCUCCCACCAGGCCCUGGUGGCUGGAAAGCUCUGUUUCAAGGACUAGAAGGAGUGGAUGUAUCUUUUUCCUCUUAUUGCCUCUUUCAAUCAUCUCAGCCUCUCAUAGAGGCAUCUCUUCCCCCAACCCACAGCUUUUUGUAUGAGCCAUUUUGUAUAAAUUAUUUAUAUUUAAUAUUUUCCCUGCCUUGCCAGGGGCAGGCACCAGGCCCUCUGGGGGCAGGGAGGAACCAGACACUCCUCCUUUUCCUCUGCCUGGGGCUGAUGUUCCCUGGCCACUGCACUGCCACCCACCUACAGAAGACUAGCCCCACAGAGAAUCAGGUGGCAAAACCCUGGGAUCACACAGAGCCCAUCUCUUGUUUAUAUUUCUCGGCCCCAGACCAUCAGCGCCUCACUCUGCUAAGAGCGAGGAUGCAGGACAUUGACUCUGAAUGUGAAGGCUGGGCCUCAGGAACUGGGUGUGCACCUCAAUAAACCCUGCUAUCUGA